AUGGACCUCAGCAGCGAUCGUCUGACAAAAUGGGCCGUCUCGCACGGGAUUAAGGUCAAUGGCAUCGCAGCACACAGAUUCCCGGGCAAGGGAUUGGGCGUCAUCGCCAAACGGAGGCUCAAGGAUGGAGAAGUCAUCUUGGACAUUCCCAUGUCCAUGAUCCGGACCGCAGAGACGGUGCCCUCCACCAUCCGGGAGGCCGUCAAGGGGGCAUGCAGUGCCAACGGCUACCUAGCGGCCGAAUUGGCCAUGGACACCUCCGAAUCCACCGCCCUCUGGAGAACGACCUUGCCCUCAACGGACGACUUGACCACGUCGAUGCCGCUCUGCUGGCCGCCCGAGCUCCAAGCCCUGCUACCACCCGCAGCACUGGCACUUCUGAGAAAGCAACAGAAAAAGCUCUCGCGAGACUGGAGUGCCGUGUCGGCCGCGUUCCCCCAGCUCGGCUACGACGCCUACCGCUGCUCGUGGCUGCUGGUCAGCACACGCACCUUCUACUACACGCCGCCCGACAUGAAGCCCGAGGACACGCCUGAGGCCGACGAGUGUCUGGCCCUGGUGCCCUUUGGCGACUACAUCAACCACGCCGACGCCGCCACCUGCAAGGUCGCCUUUUCGGGCACGAGCUACGAGUUCACGGUGGAGGGGGCCGUGGCCAAGGGUGAGGAGCUGUACAUCUCGUACGGCAGCCAUUCGAACGACUUCCUGCUGGUGGAGUACGGCUUCACGCUGGACAAGAACAAGUGCGACGUGGUGUCCCUGGACUCGGUCAUUCUACCGCUGUUCUCCGAGAAGCAGAAGGGCAUGCUGGAAGAGGCGGGCUAUUGGGCCAACUACGUGCUGGAGAAUCCGUCGAUGCAGGACGACGAAGUGGCCUGCUAUCGGACACGGGUCGCCCUGAGGUUGUUGUGUAUGCCGCUGAAAAAGUGGAGGGAUUGUGUGAGGUACGGUGCCGAUGAUGACGACAAGUAUCGCAGUUCGGUGCACGACUUGCUCCGGCAGGCGAUGAAGGCGUAUUUGGAGGUUGUGGACAGCAGUCUCGAGCAGCUCGCUCGCCUUGGAGAGGUCGGGUUGUCUGUACAGAGAGAGGUGUUGAGACGACGAUGGGAAGAGAUCGGGAUGUACUUGUCGACUGCGAUCGAUAGAAUAGAGUAA